GAGCUUUACCUGUGCAGGUUAGUUGAGGAGCCAGGUAGACAUCCAGGACAACAUUUCUGACGAAGAUCCCACAAAUGGCAGUAAUCCUGUGGACCGCUUUGCUGUUUUGUGGGACUUUGACAUCCAUCGCUGGGUACAGGAAUGGAAAAGUGGAAAAGUCCUGUGACAGCAUGGUACCAAAACAUGGGGGUCAGGCCAACACAACCACCAGUCCAUACACACUGAGCGUGGACAGCACUACAUUCAAGCCUGGCGAUCACAUCAGAGUCACCCUGUCUGGACGUCAGCAGUUUGAAGGUUUUCUGAUCGAGGCCAGAGACGCAGUGGAUCCCGAGGGGCCUGCAGUCGGAUCCUUCACACUGAACAAGCCUGAGAUCAGUCAGCUUUUAACAUGCCACAACAUCCAGGGCUCUGCUGUGAGUCACACCAGUGAUGCUAAGCAGACCGAGGUUGAUGUGAUGUGGAUCGCUCCCACUGACGCUCCUCCGACUGUCCGCUUUCUGGCAACAGUGUUGGCUCAGUACAAUAAUUUCUGGGUGAAGAUUCCCAGUCCAGUGAUCUCUCAGAGUGGAGUGACCCCACAUCCAGUUCAACCCACCACCUCCACCAGCACUGCUACUGAGACAACAGCUGUGCUGCCACAACCAUUCAGUUCAGAGGGUUGUGGUCAGUGGAAGUCUUGCCUGCUGGAUCCAGCCCACUGCAACCCUGCCACAGAUACACACUGCUUCUUCCUGUCCUACCGCACUGAGGGCCAGAGUGUGCAGUUUGAGCUGAGCGGGCCGACGCAGGGAUACAUUUCCUUUGCUCUGUCUGAGGAUGAGUGGAUGGGUAACGAUGACGUUUAUCUGUGUGUGAAUGACGGAGGGCGGGUGACUGUGAACGCUGCAUACGAAGCAGGCCGUACUCAUCCAGAGAUUGCCGAUAAGGCCGUCCUGAGUGAUGUGGGCUGGAGAGUGGCUGAUGGAGUGAUUCAGUGCAGGUUUCGCAGAGCCACCAACAUCCCUCAGGAUCCACAGCGCUUCAGCCUCGACCACAGCUACUACCUGUUCAUCGCACACGGCUCUGCUCAGCAUGGUGAGAUCCAUAAACAUAAACGUCAGCCCCUCGUAUCAGCUCAGCGGCAGGCCAUUACCGGCCCGGCGGAGAUAGUGACCGGAUCCCGCUCCCCUUUAAUUAUGAAAUGCCACGGUGCUUUGAUGCUGAUUGCGUGGAUGGUGGCUGGAAGCGCUGGCACCUUCAUCGCAGGCUUCUUUAAACCAGACUGGCCUGAAAAGACACUGUUUGGACAAAGAAUCUGGUUUCAGGUGCAUCAUGUGCUGAUGAUGCUCACAGUGAUGCUCACGUUUGUGGGUUUCAUUCUUCCUUUCGUCUACAGGGGACACUGGAGCAGGGGAGCUGCUUCUCAUGCUGGUCUAGGCUGUAUUGUGAUGGCUCUCGCUGUUAUUCAGCCCAUAAUGGCCACCGUUAGACCAGCACCAGACUCAUCACGGAGGUGGAUAUUCAACUGGCUGCACUGGGGAGUGGGAAAUGCUGCAGAAGUGUUUGCAGUGGUUGCCGUGUUUGUUGGGAUGCGACAGCAGUCUCUGCUUCUUCCUUUCCCCUGGACCACUGGGGUUCUCUCUGGGUUUGUUAUUUGGGUGGCACUGUCUAAGCUGAUCCUGUUAGUACACAGAAGAGGUCUCUGUGAGCGAGGCAGUAACUGUCCUGAUGAACAUGCCAUUCUCUCAAAUCCUGCAAUGAGCAGAAACUGGGACACCAGGUUUAAAGUGAUCAUCCUUGCUGUUUUUGUUACUGGAAGCUUGCUGUUCUGUAUCUCUCUCCUCUGCUCCAUCAGUGCAAUAUGACCGACGUUUCUGGACUCACCGGUAACAACAUUUCAGGACAAGGAAGGCUCAACGACUUAUAUGAGCAACAACACAAACCAGUUUCAGUAAUUAAUAUCUC